UAGUAGUACCGAGUCAAUAACGUGCUCCGUAAAUCCUAUUGUUGCAUGGGAGCAUCAAAGGGCCAACGGAUCUAUCGUUCCGCUUGCUCUCAACAGACAAUUUAGUUAAAACUACGUGGCUGUGCUACAGUCGACAUUUUGGCGUGUGCAUUAUUUUAUUUCACAAAGUACGACCCGGGUAUACAACAUCUUCGCUUUAUUACCUCCAUCAACUUUACGAUUAUUCGAGAUUCCGUCUGGGAGCUGAUUAUUUUUGCCAGUUUUCGUCUCAUGAUUGACACCAUGUUUGACACAUACGCGCCAUUCCUGUCGGCCUAUUGGUCGCAUAUACUCGCCAUCAUCAUUGGAUUCGUCGUCGCGAGCUUUGUUCAUGUAAUCCGUGAUCGAGAUGGGUCCCGAUCAGCCAAACAAUUGGGAAAGAACCGUGAUCACACUGUCAAAGAAAAUAACAAUGUUGCUGAAUUACGCUCUGUUGCGAAUGGAGACAUCGAUCGCCUUGUCGAUGCACAAACGAAACUUGAAUCGUGCGAACCAACCGAUGUUGACGACACUGGAGAUGACGUGGACGUUGACUGGGAAGCACUGGCCUCAGGAGGGCGUCACAUACCGUAUGGUUUACCGCGUUACAGUGACGAAGAAAUGACACAGCGGUCGGAGAAAUUUUACCACGACAUGAAUCAACGGCGUUCCGUACGAAUGUUCUCUACGGAUCCAGUACCAGCAGCGGUCAUCGGGAAUCUUAUAAGGACUGCAGGAACUGGUCCUAGUGGGGCGCACACUGAACCAUGGACCUUCGUGGCUGUGAAAGAUACAGACCUCAAAGAACAGAUAGCGACGAUCAUUGAAGCAGAAGAAAAGAUUAAUUACGAGAAAAGAAUGGGUCAAACCUGGCUUGAUGAUCUCAAAAGCGUAGGAACUUCAUGGAGAAAGCCAUAUCUAAAGACUGCUCCUUAUCUCAUUGUUGUCUUCAAACAGUCAUAUGGGUUUCGAGUUGAUGGAAGAAGAAAAACGCAUUAUUACCAUGAGACGAGUGUGGGAAUAUCUGUGGGACUCCUACUCGCUGCUAUUCAGAAUGCUGGUUUGGUUACUCUAACAAGCACCCCGAUGAAUGCUGGACCCAAACUGCGUGCUCUACUACACAGACCAGUUAACGAAAAGGUGCUACUACUUCUACCCGUUGGCUACCCUGCUAAAGAUGCUACCGUUCCUGAUUUUAAACGCAAACCAUUGGAUCAAAUUCUCAUCGUCAAAUGAAGAGCAUUUAUACAGUCUUCAUACAGUGUUACAGAAGUGUAAUGAGCAAACAAUUUUGAGGGGGCAUGCAGACUUGGCGUUUCGGGGGGGGAACCCUUUAAAAAUUGCGAGCGAGCUAUUUUUUUUUUAUUACAAACACCUAAUAUUGUUACAGAUUUUGGCAUAUUACCAUUCGGAAAGUUGUAUAGUUUCUCACCAUUUCCGUUCCCUUUUCUUUCUUUUUAUCACUUUUUUUUCCUUUUCAUAAUUUUUUUGGCCGGCCCUCAAGCCCCCCCCCCACACACACACAUCUGUAUGCCAAUAAAUAAAUAGGUUAUGUUAAAAGUGUGUAGCGACCGUAAUGAUAGGUCUCAUCGUUUGGAUGUUGCCAAAUAUGUUUGCUAACUUUGACGGUUUUACAUUUUUAGGAUCUUUUCGAAUUAGAUGGUAUAACACUGUCCAGUAAUGGUUGCCUUGUUAAUGUAAACGGCCGAAUUUGCCAAAGUUGUGAUCGAAAGCCGGCGGAAAGUGGUUCUUAACUAGAGCUACAACUUUAAUGUUUAAAGACUUUAUAUUGGCAAUCAAUUUCAUUGACAAAUUCAGAGGUGACGGACGGGCCUUAAUCUAUUUAUUAUACAAGAAAAAUGUACUUUGCGUUCGUACUAUAGGAUGUUGAUUUUAAGAGUUUGAUGAGCAUGCACCUAACAUGUAAUUAUUUUAUGAAGUUAAAUAGCAAAAAUUUAUAAUAUCUGCUUAAUUCUGUAUUCCAUUAUACUGCCCCCAUCGGUAAAAUGUUAGAGAAUGCAGUAUGCCACCUAUCCAUGGUUCUCAAUGACAGGUCAUGAUUAUUACCAGGAAAUUCGAUGUUAGUGCUGAGAUUUAAAUCUUGACGUGAAUCUGAUCGUAUUCGUAGUUUGGUCGCUAAGUUGACAAAGUUGGCUGAUAUCCUCAAUGUAAGUGACCAGGUAACAUCCCAUAACAUUUUAAAAUUUAGGAAUAUAUUUUGUAAAAAUUUGAACACAAUAUUAUGAAUAUGAAUGU